AUGGACAGACAAACGUCUGACUUCGAAUACGACGACGCCGCCGCCCGCAAGUCGCACGCGCGGUCAUCGAAAAAGGCCUUCGAGUCGGAAGACGACUACUUUGAAAGUAACCCCAAGAGGAUCGCAAAGCCGACUAAGCGCGCGUCGCAGCUUGCCGAAUCAGACGCAGAAUCGACUGUAGCAAGAAACAAAAAGAAAGCACCGUCGAAGUCAGCUGCCGGCAAGCGUCAUUGCGAUUCGGACGACGAGUCGGUGCCUAGACGCAAAAGCAAGGAGGUCAAACCCAAGGAGACCAAGCGCAAGGCACCGCCGCCGUCGAAGUCAAAGAGGCCCAACUGGCGAGUCUUCGAUUCCGAUAGCGAGGAGGAGUCUGCUACCAGGGCGCCGCAGCAGCUGCGGUCGAGCUACACCAAGCGGGUCGCUGACGGAGUCGUACGCCGCUCUGCCCAGCUUGAGGGAGGGCUGUUCUUAGACCUCAAGCUAUACCAGGUCGACGAUAUUAAGAACGUCCACCCACGCAAGCGGCACGAAAAGGCGGUGUUGGCGCUGCGAUACCAAGCGGACCCCGACUCGCCCGAGUUAACUGCACUGCAGCAGCUGUUGCAUCGCUGUAAAUCCCGCUUUGUAGAGGAGGGGUAUUUUUUCCCUGAUAAGUUAGAUUAAGUUUUUAGGCAAUAAAAUAUAACAUAGCUAUUUGUAUUUUCUAUUUUUUUUUAACUAGGCCUCACGAAAUAUUAGGUAAAUCUCACACCCCACUGCUAGGCAUUUACAUGUUAUAAGAGUCUUGUCCACUGUAGUUAUUAGGAACACCCAAAUUUACAGGCAUUUAGAUAGGUAUAGGUUUUACUGAGCAUUAGGUACUAUUAAUUAUUUCUAUUUACUCUAACCAUUUAAUGCAAUAAAAGAUAGUUCACACAAAUUAUUUGAAUUUGAGUUAAUUAAAUUUAUAAAUAUCAUAUCUAAUCCAAUAUGCCUAGCAAUAAAAUGAUAUAUUGUUCUGUUUGUGAUGUCUCAGUAAAAAGUAGAUCUUUUUCCUCUCAUUUGCGAAGCACUGUACAUAAAAACAAUAGUGCUGUAAUGAAAUGUGAUGGAAUUGAGAAAGUGUCAUCCGCGUUUCGUAACCGCAUUGCAACUUACAGGGUGAGGCCGAGCUCGGACUGCGACGACGCGCGCGGGUCGAGCCCGCCGGCCGUGUUUAUUCGCUCGCUACGUAGCCGUGUUCGCCAUCUAAUUGAUGCACGACUUGACUCUUUUGACAGCGUAAAAGCCAAUUUUGAACUGUUUGCAGAGUUUUCUCUCCCAAAAAAUGAUA